CAAGGCUGCAGGGUCCUGUGUGUCUUCCUUUUCUCAGCUGCAUCUCUCUCAUCCAAUCUUGGUGAAGAGUCUUACUUGGCUAAGAAGGAGAUCAGGAACAAGAAGGCAGUGCAAGAAAGUUCCAUGAGAGUCGCGCUUUUCAGGUCCUUGCUUGAGCGUGAACUCACGGGUGUAAAUAACGUGCUGUCAACAGCUUGUGUCGGGCAGACCAGCUAUUUAAGCAGGCUGGCAUCAGAGAGCUCAGCUUCCAAAUCCAGCCUUUGCCACUUCCACGGAGAGAUUAAAAGCGCCGCCCCAUUUCCCCAACUUUAAGAAGUCGCUUCUGCCCUGUGGGCUAUUUCUUCAGAGGAGGUGUGGGGUGUACAGCCAGCCCUCCCUGGCGAGGGCCCCCUUAGAGGCGAACAACGCGAACUGCCGCGCCGGGACCAUGUCGGCGGAGACUGCGAGCGGCCCCACCGAGGACCAGGUGGAGAUCCUGGAGUACAACUUCAACAAGGUCAACAAGCACCCGGACCCCACCACGCUGUGCCUCAUCGCGGCCGAGGCCGGCCUGUCUGAGGAGGAGACCCAGAAAUGGUUUAAGCAGCGCCUGGCCCAGUGGCGGCAGUCCGAAGGCCUGCCCUCAGAGUGCAGAUCCGUUACGGACUGAGAAGGUGGCGGGCGCAGCGGCUCCCCUCCAUGAAGACCGUCUGCUGUUUCUCUCCUCGGCUUAGCCCAGCCGUUUUGUUUUUUCGGUGUAGUGUUGUGUGUUCCACUGUUAGCUGUCCUGCUAUUUAACACAAUGUUGUAUUUUUUUUUAAAUGUAUAUAACUAGAAAAGAAAACUCGAGGAAGCUAUGUGCAGCUUCUGUAAAGCAGCGGCCUGGCUGAGAGAGUGGCGUGGCUUGCUCCUCCCUUGGGUCAUGCUGACAGAUGGUGCAAAAACCACCUAAGUUUGUUUUUGGUCAUCACCUCCCAAUAUUAAUUUACUUUCAAUAUCCAUUUCAGAGCAGGCAAGGCCUCUGUUGAAAAGAUAACGUAGCCAAGAGGGAGAAACAUUUCCUUCUGAAUCUACUUCCCUAAGUUGUUUUCCUUAUGGUUCAUUUACUACAUUGAGGUUGAAUGACAAUGCAGAGGAAUAUUUGAGUCAUUCAGAUUUCAUAAAGUCGUUCCUUGGAUUAAAGCUGCAUUCACUUAGAAAGAACCCAGUUAGGCUAAAAGACAGAAACUCCGCAAGCAACAAGACAGAAAAGCAAGUGACUAACAAAAAAAUCCGCUAAAAUCUUUCAUUUACUUUGUUUAAAUGUGUCUGUUAAAUUUAUUUUGCUAAACAGAAUGAACUGCUUUGUGUCUCUAAAAUGACAUUCUAAAUAAAACCUUAACUUUUUGUUGAAAAUACA